AUGAGCGAAGGUAUCAAGGAAGUGGUCGUUGAGGUGCUUACCGGCUUCAAUCGCCUUUCAAAAAGUAUUCAAGAGUCCGACGACACCUCGCUUCGAGUAUCACUCCCUCCGAAGAUCGACGAUGAGCUGGCUCGAUUCAAAGUCUGGGCCGGAAAUAGCGGCGCGCACCGAAAUGGUCGAGCUUCUCUCGAGCACCGCCUCCGUGAAGCGUCUCAUGUUCGACAACAGGUCCUAAGGCUCCUGAGUGGCCUCAAAGAUUCUCUCGAAGACGCGGCAGACAUCAUGAACGGAAAAGCAACUCCGUGGGAGGAGAUGGAAGACGACGAAGAGCCCCUAGAUGAUCUUGAGAUGGAGACAGAAAUGGAGCAAAUUACGCUGGAUGUUACAGAGUUAGUCGACUGCCUCCUCCGUCUCAGCGUCUCUAUCCAGAACCCGGCACCUCAUGAUCGCUUCAUGUCUUCCACUUUUACAGACGCAUCCGCGUAUGAGGACUUCGAUAUUCAACACGUUCAAGCCAAGUUUCAAGACAUUGACGAAGACCUUGCCCAGCGUCUGGGCAAAGCCAUGUCUCGAAGGCGCCAGUACUUCAAGUACAGGGAGGCCCAUCAUCAGAAGCUUUCACAUGAGUUAAAGACGCUGAAGGAAUAUCGGCGACAUGUCGGAAAUCACCAACAAGACCUCGCUCUAUUUGUCUUGCCCCACGCCGACUGUGAUAACGAUGAUACUCAAGAGGUUCUUUCACGAAGCGAAUCUGGUACAGGUUUGAGCGUUCGCGUUCUAGAGCGAGAAACACUUAACAAGACGUCGCUACAAGACGAUUUUGAGCACCACGGGUCUGGCUCCGGCCAUAUUGUUGGCGGACUCGAGAAUCCCAUCACAGAGCUUGGUUCUGUAAAAGCAAAGACCAGCGAUCGAUUUUUCGACUUAGAUGACCUUUCCAAAUGCGUACAAGAAAAGGGUGGGUAUGCGACAGUGACGAAGAACAACCUUUGGAAUGACGUUUGUGCAUCCCUCGGUGUAGACAGUGAUGAAGAGACUACAGUCAAACGCACUUACGCAACGUAUCUACUGGAGUAUCAAGAUGACUUGGCAAAAGCCAAUUCUCCACAUGGCAAGAGUCCGGAGGGAUUCAAUUCGGGAAAGAACGUAGAAGCAUUGGUCUCUACUUCCGAGAAAAACACAGCAUUACACAGGACUUCCUCGGACGUCGAGUCUGCUCACUCCAUUGAGUUCUCGGGCGACAUUCCCGCCGAUAAUGAUCAGGCAAUCACCUCUGUGGAACGCGUUACAGACAUCGACACCAGCCUGCAGAAAGGAAACAUCGUCCGCCAGUUAGCCGCAAAGAAUGGAAGAGAAGCAGAGGAAGAUGAAAAUGUUGAGAACGUUACGUCGUACGAGAGCUCUCACGACGCCCAAGCCAUCGACGAUUUCGAGCCAAAGCAGAUCGAGCCCACCACUCGAAGAUCCCCCAACCACUCAGAGCUUGAAAUCAUGAGUCCUUCGUCUCUUUUCGACAAGAAGUCAACCGCUUUUGGCGCAGAUGUCUUGGACUACUUUGUGUUAUCGGAACGGCUAUCACAGGAACACGGUCAAGCUCUGGAGCGGAACCGGCCGAGUUCGGCCAUGGGGAUUAUCACAACAUCCCAGUCUUCGUCUGCCUCUUCGUCGUACGACGAGCCGUCCUGGAAAGACUUAAGAGAGAAGAGUGAUUCUCCCACCAACUAUGAGAAACAAAUCAACUCUGUAAUACCGAGCUUGCAGAGACAACAGUCCUUUGACAGUGAUAAAGGGAACCGGCUAGCUCAAAGAACGUUGAGAAGGGCGAGCGACGACUCGUCUGGCAUCGACAUUGGUACUUCGAGGGAAUUCACAGAAGACCGUUUGAAGUCUCUCAGCAUUGAUGCUGGCCCUGGUAACAAGCGUCGAGCAUCCUCUCCGCCGGACGCAGACAAUGUCCUUGACUCCGCGUCCCUCAAAUCGGAGCCCGUAACGAGCGAAACUAGAGCUGGAAGCUCUCAAGUCUCAUUAGCAGAGGCAUUGGGUGAAGACACAGAGACAGACAACAAACGCACAAAAGCAAAGGUGCUCUACGAUUUCACUGGAAAUACACCGAACGAACUCACGGUGGAAAGCAACGAUCUUGUCGACAUCCUGCAUCAGGGUGACAAAGGUUGGUCAUUGGCGAUGAACGAGAAGCAGCCGGGGCCUGCCUGGAUACCUACUGCUUACGUCGAAGAGCAGACGACUGCUACAGAUGAACAAUCUUCUGAGGAAAGCAAUCACACAGAAGAGAUGCCAGAAGCCCAAGAGAAGCCAGAAAGACAGAGUCGUCCAUAUACUUCCGUAGCUGAAGUCGACGAAGCUGUUUUAGAGGAGAAAAUCCCGCAGCCGCCGUACUUUCAGCAUACAAUGACGAGACCCCCCACCUACAGAACACCAUCAAUUGCUGAUGAUGCAAAGGGUUCCAGGCCUCGAGCGCCCGUCGAGUCAGCGCGUGGGCCCAUAUGGAGAGACGCAUUGAAAAGGUUCAGCGAGGACGUUUCGCGACGGGGUCGAGGCAGAGAGCCUUUGCCAGCACAAUAUUCACAACAAGCUUCCUAUUUCGAGGCUCCAAAGUUCGACUCUUCAGCCCAGUUCAAGCCUCACCUCGCAAAUAGGUUUCAGAAGCCACAAUCAUUCCGAGAUUCUUAUGAUGCAGGCUCUGUCGAGCCCUUAACUGCCGAAACCCUCAAAAGGUCUCAGAGAUACCAUACAAGCUUCUCCAGCGAUGGUGGCCGUUACGAGAGCCAUUACCGACAGAGCGCCUCGACACGGGCAACGCGAGGUAGUACUAUCGGAGACGAGGAUAUCACCAUCAAAGUAACUGGUAGUGCAGUCCUCAAAAUUGGCGCCGCCGGAAUUCAGUGCCAGGAUGGCGGUGAAAUCAACAUUAAUCGAGAUAGUAGCCCUGGUCGUAGCGGAAGCAUCAUCUCUCAGCCAAGCCGUUCUGAUCGUGGUGAAAGUCCACCGAGCCGAAGGGUAGCACGGCCGUUGCCUGUCCGGGCCCGCGCUGAUUCAGGGGAUGGUCGUAACCAGGAUGGCGAAGAUGAAUACGUGCCUCAGGCCAAGCCACCUUUCUUCUAG